AUGAAGAGAGAUGGGAUUUACUUGGAGAUGGGCGCGCUGGACGGCGUCACCUACUCAAACACGCUCGCGUUGCGGACUUGCUUGGGGUGGACCGGGAUGUUGAUAGAAGGCAGUCCGCGCCAUUUUCAAAGGUUGCAUCAGAACUAUAAGGAUGUCGAGAGUGUGAUUAUCAAGUACGGGGCCGUGUGCGCACCUCCCCUGACGAACGCGACGUUCAGCCAAGGCAUGAGCAUAGGUUCUAUCGAUGGAGAUGUGACAUAUCUGCCCACAGGGCUUCGUAAACGAUUUUCCUACCGCCGCCAGCGAGUUGUUGUACCUUGCCGCCCCAUGGAGUGGUAUCUUCAGCAACUCCCGAAAAAGCAUGUGGACUUCGUGUCCUUGGAUGUUGAAGGUGCCGAGCUGGAAGUUCUCCUCACCAUGGAUUUCACCGAAGUAUUGGUGGAAGUGUUCUUGAUCGAGUUACAUGACUGGGGCAGAUCCGAGCAAACACAAAGCUGGAAGAUUCGGAAGCUGAUGCGUAACCUUGGCUACAAGGAAUGCACGAACGUCCAUGUUUGGCCGAACGGACUGUUCGUCCUUCAAGAAGGCGGCGGAGAUGUGUUGCAAAUCCAGCCAUGUGACAAGAGUGGUGCUACUCACAGGAUCGAAGCCAAGCCAGACGUCAUGAUCCUCUGCCCUUGCCAUUUGUGGCUGGAGCUGCGGCGACCUACCCAUUCGAUACCGAACCAGCAUGCUGUUGUUCGUCACUGCGAAAUGAAAUCGAUGGUGGUUGCACUUCCGCAUUCAAUCCUCCUCUGCUUCGCUAUCACCGUUUGUGCCACGGAGCACUGUGAAGAGGAGCACAGCACAUUUCAGCUGCUGCAAGUGAGCCAGGCUGUCGCGGGGGCUCUCGACGUCCCCGCAGGGCAUGUAGAAGCUCAGCGGGAAGAUGUCGCACAGGGCUUCUUCCAUGCCGUCGGCUCGGCUGAAGCAGCAGCCGUCCUGCAGCCGGGGCUUAUCGCCGAGCGCACCUUCGAGGAGGUCUUCGUUACAGCUUCCUCGAGGCAGCAGCAGCCGGUGGCACUGACCCAGAAGAGCGCCGAAGCUGCCGUGGGAACGGAGACCAUCUGCAUCAUCGUGGGCGCCGUCCUCCUGGCGGUUCUGGUUUGCCUGAUCUUCUGCUGCUUUCGCCCCUCUGUGUCCUACGAAGAGGCGAGCAAGGAGGGCCAGGGCCCCUUCAUCCCCGCGGGCGCCGCGACGCUCCAGCGGCCCAGACACUCAGAGCUUUGGGGAUGGAUGGAUCGGAAGGGAUCGUCUAGUAUCAUGACUUACAGUAUAGUAUAUGGUCUUCUAUCAUGUUCUAGUAUAUUAUCAUAUCUUUAUGGUAUGUUCAUUUUGUUAUAG